UUGUUGAGCCAAUCACAAUUACAACUAUCAUUACGUAAAUUUACACUAGUACACAUAUCUAUAUGGGAAUGAGUUCCUUUAAACUAUUAAGUUAUUGCUACUACUAUUCAAUUAUAUAGACAAGUGACUCCAAUGAUUACUAUGCCAUGGAUCUUGGAUCGUCAACAAAGCAUUCGCCAUCUCGUUCACCCUCUCACUCUCCACUGCCACCGUACAGUGGCACACCAAUGCAAGAUGCACCCCUGUACAUGAUGUCAAAACUAAUGAUGAUGAACGGCCAUUCACCUGAUGUUGAAGAGCUGAGGAGAGACGUUAUGGAGAUGAAGGGGUCUAUGAUGCUAUUGAGACAGCAAAUGGAAGGCUUGCAGCAGACAAUAAACAGCCUUCAGUCAGCAAUGAGUGCUCAGCCUCAGACUACGAAUGGUAAUUAUGUGGAUAUGCUCCCAUCAAAAGACUCUAUUGUAUAUAAAAUGUCUUCAAAGGAGGUAUUGCAAAUGCUGGAUAAACUUAACCUGUCCCAAUACAAAGAAAUGUUUGAGAGAGAAGAGGUCGACGGGCAGCUGCUAUCCGAGCUAGAUGAAGACACGCUGAAGAGCGAGUUAGGAAUGACUUCAAAAAUACAUCGAAAGAAACUCUUACUUGUCAUUCAAGGCAAACAAACUUAUCAGCAUUUGGUAGUAGAAACUUAGAGACAGUAACUCUCACAAAUCAUUCAUUUGUCGUACUUAUUAUUUGACCUCCAGUUGUAAAUUUUUUGUCAUUAUUAAAAAAAAUUAA